AUGAACCGCAUACCUUCCCCCGAAGGGCGGGAUGCGCUCCCGAUCCCGCACGCAACCGACGAACGCUCAUGGCGUCCUCCACACCCUCCGCCCUUUGACAGCCACCCGCCCGACUACCUCCGCCCUCUAUCGACUCGAAUAUACCCCGAUUUGCCCCACCAUGAGCUACCAGAAUUGACACAGGAGGGCCUGUAUGGUCGUUUCAAUGGCCUGCUCCCCCAGGCGCCCGUGCAUUUCCCCCAAUAUCCAAAUUUCCCUCACCCCAACCUUCACCCGCCGAUGAAUGUAGCGCCGCGUGAAGGCUCCCCAGACGAUCGUACUCGCAUGGGCUACUUACCCACAAAUCAGAUCAAUAGCGCUGAGUAUACGCUUUUCUCGGGCCCUCUGCCUCCAGCUUCACAUUCCACGGCACCCCUUCACCAAAUGGCUGCUGCCACGCCGCCAGGCCGGUACGAUCCGGCAUUUUACCAGUAUCAAAUAUAUGGAUCGCGCCAGCUCAAGACUGUUAGAGCCCAGCAGGCUUGUCAUCAAUGUCGAGCCAAGAAAGCAAAGUGUGAUGAGGGACAACCGAAUUGCAGCCACUGCAAAAAGAACGGCCUUACCUGUGUUUACAAAUCGCCGUCACCUCAAAAGCCAGAUAAGGCUACCCAGCUAGUAUUGGAUCGCUUCUUGCAGACGAAAGACCGUCUGGAUAUUCAAAUAUCGGAACUGUAUGCGAUCCAGCAGAAGCAUAGGUUAGUGCUGCAAAACUUGUUUCAGGGCAAUAAAUCAGCGCGGCCCAUUCAAGCCAUUGAGGAACAUUCUCUCGUCCCAACACCCGCCUUCGAUCAUGACCCGCCUCUAAAAGAGGUAUCAGAGACCCAUACCGCAGGGAAAAGUAUCCUGGAUCCCGUGGGCCAGGAUGUGGAGACUUUUGAAUAUGGUCAACAGCUGGGACCCGCGGAGCCGAUGUACGAUGACUCGACGACCGAGGCCGAGGGAGAGUAUUCCAUUCCCGUGGGUCACAAUAUAGCGGCUCACAAGCUAUUGAUGUGGCCCGCGAUCAAGAAACUGCUAUCCCCGAAGGGGUAUGACGAGGAUUAUGUGAUGCGAUUGGAAGAAGAGCGUGGCCUUAUCAGUAUAUAUGGUCAAGGUGAGAUCUCGUACACUGCUGAUGGCAGCCAAUUACCAAGGCAUGGCGGCUUCGACGGUGUUCGACCCGGUGGAGAUGGCGCGGGGCCAGAUUCCGACGUCGAGGUAGACAAGUUUGGUAACCUGAAGCUGGACGCUGCAACUGCUCAGCGUUACUAUGAAAGCUAUCUCGCCAACAUGUUCAAUCUCCACCCGUUCCUUGAGCAGGACGAACUCAAUAUGAAGGUCGAUACGUUCAUUAGAUGCUAUUGCCGCCCCAGUUCCUCUACGAGCUCCGCCACAGAUGACAAGCGAUCAGCUCAUGAUGGCCUGCCGCCAGCGAAACGGAAACGUUCCAAGGAGAAAUUGGGUGCGCCAGGUGAGUCCGUGGAGACUGUCUCUAACCCGCCGCGGCCACGCGUCGGAAAAAAUAUAGGAAAUGCCAUGAUCAUGCUGUGUCUUGCCCUUGGUGCGAUUUGCGAAGUUCCUGCUCCUCUUCCUGGGCCUAUCAUGGUUCACAGAAUUGAUUAUCGCAGCCAGCCCAUCCCUGGUUCCUUGUCGCCACUCCCCCCGAACGGGAUGUAUACCGCCAAUCAUGUGCUCUCGCCCGCAAAUCCCGCCGCAGUUAUCCAAAUGUCGCAUUCGCAUUCUCCGUAUGUGCUGCCAAUGCAACCUACUAGCCAGCCUUUUCCAGCCACGUUAGGUGAAACUCAAGGAAAUCUAUCAAGACGAUGUGUGUCAAUCACGCGUCAUGAACAAGGGAAUACGAGGAAUCAUCAGGUCAUUCCUGGCCUGGCUCUUUAUGGUUAUGCUACCGCGAUAUUAGGCCUUCUGCAAGGUGGUAACGAUUUAGAACAUGUUCAGACGGGGUUGCUCGCUGGUCUUUACGCUGGCCAAUUAGUCCAUCCUUUACAGAGUCACAGUUGGAUCUCCCAGGCCUCAAGGGCUUGUCAGGUACUUGUGGGAUCAAAGCGGUAUGAGAGACUCGAGGAGGGACCAGUGAAGGACCUUUAUAAGUUCGCCUAUUGGACCUGCUUGCAGCUGGAGAGUGACCUGCUCGUGGAGCUUGACGUUCCAGCGAGUGGCAUCUCGCGUUAUGAGGCUCGGAUGGGUCUUCCGAAAGGAAAAUUCACAAUCACUCAUCUCCCAGACGAUCCCAGCUCACCCGCAUCCAAGAUGAUACUGUACUACUUGGCUCAACUUCACCUGCACAAACUCCUUAAUCGUGUCCACACCUUUCUUUACAAGGUAGAAAAUCAAGGACAAACACGAUGGUCAUCAACUGUCCAAGAAGCCCUGAGCAUGAACCUUGAGCUUUGGCGCACAAGCUUGCCCGACAGCAUGAAGUGGAAAGAUUCCGACGAGCCAGCAGACGAAAUCAAUGCUGCUCGCAUGCGCGCCAAGUAUUAUGGUGCCCAGUACAUCAUCCAUCGACCUCUUCUCUACCACGCCCUGCACCACGGUCAUCCCGGGGCCCGCGUCGGCCCAUUUGGCCACAGCUCAAUGGAAUCAUCUACGUCGACGCAAGAAAUGUCCUCAAUGAUACAACAAAACAACAACCUCGCUGCAAACCUGAUGCCCAUGUCUAGCGGCACGGAUUCCACGUCAGCCGCGUCAGUCGCCCAUGGCUGGACUUCUCCCAAGGUCCAAUUAUGCGAGCUUCCGAAGAAGCUUCGCAUGGCCUGCAAGAUCUGCAUUGACUCUGUCAUCCAGAGUACGGAGGCUUUUGAUGGUGUAGGCGGACAUCGGUUGGUGGUUACCAACAUCUUCGGUACAGCACAUGCGCAGUUCGGCAACAUGCUCGUUCUGUCGGCCACCUACAUGUCCAGCCUGCACGAGCUCGUCGACGCAGAGCUCCUUGAGCGCCUUCUCAGACGCACAGUCGGCUUCCUCACGCAAAGCGAAAACAUCUCUCCCACCCUUCGCGCCGAUGCCCGCAUCCUCACUGAGGUCUACCAGAAUAUCUUCCAUCACGCUCUUGAGAUGAGCCCCCAACCGACAAAAAGGAAGUGA